CUCCGGAACUAUUGCAAUGGAAUAUGGUUCUGAACGGAUGUUGUUUUCAGUUGUACGCUGCCUAUCACGGAGCACACGGGUCUUGCUGCCGAAGCCAUUUACGAGACAUGCCAAGGAAAAGGGGAUCAUCGUCACCACCGUCCGCAGAAUGCCAGCACGCGGCCUCUGCUAAACAUAAAAAAGUGGAGGCAGAUGUCGGGUUUUCUCCAUUAAAUUUUGACACCCCGCUUAGUUUGUUUGAAAGUCUGAUUUCUCCUGUUGGCGUGGAAGAGUUCUUUCAGGAAUACUGGGAAAAGAAGCCCUUGUUUCUGCAGAGGUCUGACCCAGGCUUAGCCAGCUAUUACCAGUCCCUCUUCCAGUUGUCUGACCUGAAGGCACUGUGUAGUCAGGAUCUUGAGUAUGCAAGGGAUGUCAAUGUCUGCCGGUGUGUGAAUGGCAAGAAGAAAGUAAUGAAUAAAGAAGGACGUGUCAACUACAACCAUCUGAAAAAGGAUUUUGAUCAGAAGAAGGCCACCAUACAAUUCCACCAGCCUCAAAGAUUUAAGGAUGAGCUUUGGCGUAUUCAGGAGCGUCUAGAGAGUUUCUUCGGUUCUCUGGUGGGGUCGAAUGUGUACAUCACACCCAAGGCAUCUCAGGGGCUGCCCCCACACCAUGAUGAUGUUGAGGUGUUCAUCCUGCAGCUGGAGGGAGAGAAGCACUGGAGGCUGUACAGUCCCAUCGUCCCACUGGCCCGCGAGUACAGCGUCGCGCCUGAGGACAGAAUCGGCAGCCCAACACAUGACAUCAUCCUGAAGCCAGGAGACCUGUUGUACUUCCCCAGGGGUACAAUCCACCAAGCAGACACUCCUGCAGAAGUGGAUCACACCACACACCUAACUCUCAGUACUUAUCAGAACAUGUCUUGGGGAGACUACUUGCUGGACAUAUUUCCAGGUUUUCUGUUUGACUCUAUGGAGAGUAACAUCAACAUGCGCGCUGGAAUGCCCAGACAACUACUUACAAAUGUCAGUGUGGGUCCAGAGGUGUCCACACAGCUCUCUACGUUCCUGAGAUGUCUAGCAGAUAAGUUGGACAAGGGCAAAGAGGAGCUGCGCUCUACAGACAUGAAGAGAGACUUUGUGUCCAACCGGCUCCCACCUUACAGCAGUGACAACACAAACAUCAUGCCAACUGGAAAGAUGCCACAGCUGGAGGACCUUGUGUGUAUGAGAUUUAAGGACCAUGUCCUCGUCACAGUGCAGCCAGGUCAGGAUGAAGCAGAUGAGGCCACAGAGAUGGAGGUGUUUGUGGUGCAUUCGCUGAAGAAUAACAGAAAGAUUCACAUGAUGGGAGAACCAGAAGACGACCACGACCACGACCAUCACGACCACGGCGAGGACGAGGAAUGUCCUAGUCAGAGGGUCCAGGGUGUGCGCUUCCCUGUCUGUCAUCUGCCUGCCCUCAAGCAGCUCCAGGGCGCAGAGCGCCUCCUUGUGGCCGGGCUGCAGCUGGAGCCAGACUCCGCACGACUGGGCCUGGUGCUGGCGCUCUGGACAGAGGGGCUGCUGGAGGUCUGCUCACCCACGGAACAAUAGGAAUGUCUCCUUAAACCAGGCCGCUGAAUCACCACCUCACACAUAUGACCUUGUAUCCUCUCGUAAGCGGUUAUUGUCGUUGGGUUGUCUGUGAAGUGGUCGUCUCGGAAUGUCAACACCAAAUAAAAGCACGCCUGCCCUGUACCAA